ACCGUUAUCAGUUGAGGUGGUUUCUCUGUGAGAGCUGCUUUAUAAGUCACUGUCAGGCUGUACUAGGUUCACUGUCAGGUUCACCACGCCUGGAUAACAAACAAACAUGAAGGGCUCUGUAAUAUCUGUUUUGGUGGUCUUGGUUGUGCUGGACAGAUUGGCUAGUGGACUGGAACACAGAUCGUAUGACUACACGAAGUACCACACCAUGGAUGAGAUCUCAGCUUGGAUGAAUCAGAUGGAAAGGGAAAACCCAGACGUUGUGUCCAGCAUGGUAUAUGGACAAACUUAUGAGAAGAGGAACAUUACAUUACUAAAGAUCGGCUUCAAAAGCACCACACCCAAGAAAGCUGUUUGGAUGGACUGUGGGAUUCAUGCCAGGGAAUGGAUCGCUCCAGCUUUCUGCCAGUAUUUUGUUAAAGAGAUCCUGGGCACCUACAAAACCGACUCGAAUGUGAACACGUUGUUUAAAAACCUGGACUUCUAUAUCACCCCAGUGCUAAACAUUGAUGGAUAUAUUUAUUCCUGGAGGGAUAACACUACUCGACUAUGGAGGAAGUCCAGAACAGCAGGGACUGGAAACUGCAGAUGUUUUGGCACUGAUCUUAAUCGCAACUUUCCUGCUUACUGGGGGAUGGUGGGGAUCUCAAGGAACUGCUGUUCAGAUGUCUAUAAUGGACCGACUGCUCUGUCUGAGCCAGAGACCAAAGCUGUCACUGACUUUUUGGGAGCACAUCAAAAUGAAAUGCUCUGUUACCUCACCAUUCACUCGUACAGUCAGAUGAUACUCGUCCCCUAUGGAGUCCCCAACAUCUCAGCACCCAAUUAUGAUGAACUGAUGGAAGUCAGUCUUGCUGCAGCUGAAGCCAUCACAGCCGUGCACGGGAAGAGCUACAAAGUGGGCACUCCACCUGAUGUACUGUAUGCAAAUUCUGGCUCUUCACGUGAUUUUGCAAGAUUCAUAGGGAUCCCAUACUCCUUUGGGUUAGAGUUACGAGAUAAAGAGAAGUACCACUUCAUUCUACCCGAGAAUCAAAUCCAGCCCACAUGUGAAGAAGCGUACCAGGGAGCGAUGUCCAUCAUAAACUACGUCCAUGAUAAGAAUUUCAAAAGUGCAGCGAUUAGUCAGACUGUGGACAACUGUGACUGUCUCAUGAAUCUCGAGUGCAAAUGCGAUGAUUUUAGACCACUAUAUUAAAAUGGAUCAUGUGCUCAAAUAAGUACUGUCUAACAAAAAAAAACCACCUGGUUUGAUAUUUUACU